AACGACAUGGACUUUUAGUUUGCAUCGACUUCGAGCGUUGAACCAUUUCCGCUUCCGUUUGGAGUUCUUGCGUGAAUACAUCGAUAUUUACAACAAGCCACGCAUUAGUAAUGUCCACUUUUACAUCCAAAUCAGACAGAAAACUAUAUAUAUAUUAAAAAAAACACGAUGCGAUCCUACGGCCGAGAUCUGAGUGGCGGGCUCGAGAAUGUUCCUGUUUUGAUUGAGAGCAGCGUUCCCAAAGAGGCUUUUUCCAACUUUCAGUAUGUGCCAGAUAAUACACAAGGACCAGGCUGUGACCUCGACCCCAGUGCGGUGACCCUCCCAGGCUGCUCGUGUGGUGCCGGGUCCUGCCUGCCCGACCGCUGUCCCUGUCUGAGGUUCGGCCAGGCGUAUGACGGCGCGGGACGUCUGAAUCCCCCGCCAGAGGACGGCGGCUACAGCAGGCCUGUAUUCGAGUGCAAUGCCUUGUGCGUCUGCAGCGAGUCCUGCCAGAGCCGUGUGGUUCAAAAGGGGGUGGAGGUUCAGCUGGGUGUUUUCAGCACCGAGGACAGGGGCCUGGGGGUGGAGGCUCUGGAGCGCCUCUCUUGUGGCCGGUUUGUGUGCGAGUACGCCGGGGAAGUGAUCGGGAGCCACGAGGCCCGUCGCCGCCAGCUCUCCCAGACUCCCCUGGAUAUGAACUACAUCAUUGCUGUGCGGGAGCACAGUGGAGGGGACAGGGUCACCCGGACCUUCGUGGACCCCGUGAAUGUGGGCAAUGUGGGGAGGUUCAUCAACCACUCCUGCCAGCCCAACCUGCUCAUGGUGCCUGUCCGAGUGCACUCACUAGUGCCCAGACUCGCUCUGUUCGCAAAUCGUGAUAUAGAAAGGGAUGAAGAGCUGACUUUUGACUAUGCAGGUGGACAGAGGGAUAAAGCAGAGACGGGGACACGCACGGGGCCUGAUGCUGAUGAAACACCAGGGAGAAAAGCCUGUCACUGUGGGGCUGCAAACUGCACAGGGUUUUUACCAUUAGAUAUGUCAGUUCUGCACUGAAUGUUGAAGUAUAUGAUGUGCUCUAAUGAGUUGGGGUUCUGAAUGUUUUGUAGAACUGUUAGAAAUGUUUAUUAAAAUAAUAAACGUUCAAAAGUCUUUAUAUUCAAAUAUCA